UUUCGCUUGCUCCUGUUUCGCUUGCUCCUGUUUCGCUUGCUCCUGUUUCGCUUGCUGACAUGCCAUGUCUUUCCGCUUUCGGGUUUUUUUUUGGGGGGGAGGGGGGGGGGGGGAAACGGAAAAGAAAAGGAAAAAAAUGGACAUAGGUAAUUCAAACGCCAAACAACCAACAAAUCUUCAUGUCUCCCUAUAGCCUUGUUGGUGGUACGCCCUUGGUGUUGGCACUCAUUCUCCUACCGGAUCCUUUGUUCUUCCAUUAUGUUCUCGUCCCUCUUUGUCUCUUGCCUCUUGUCUCUUGUCCUGUAUGUCCUUUCUCCGGUGAGUCCGACGUCGAUGCUGUUGAAAUGGAAGGUUUAGAGAAUAAGGAUAAGACGAGCCGUGCAGGGACUGCUCAUUUGGCGGCAAGAGGAGGUUGUAUCAGCGUUCAUAACAAAACAAAAUAAAACCAGAUUUUGACCGUUUUGUUUUGUUUUAC